AUGACAUGUAUUGUUCGUUUUGGUCCAACAAACCUCAAGGAUUUGCUCCUUGCAUUGAGAGGAAGAGUUUAUCUGCCACAAGAUGAACUAGCACAGUUUGGAAUACGCGACGAGGACGUGUUCGCGAGGAAAGUGACAGAUCAAUGGAGAGAGUUCAUGAAGGAGCAGAUAAGAAGGGCAAGAUUUUACUUCAAUCUUGCUGAGGAGGGUGCUUCACAUCUUAACAAAGCUAGUCGUUGGCCAGUAUGGUCAUCCUUAAUUUUGUACAUGAAGAUAUUGGAUGCAAUAGAGGAGAAUGAUUAUGAUAACUUGACAAAGAGAGCUUAUGUUGGAAGAGCAAAAAAGUUGGUCACUUUACCUGUUUCAUAUGCUAGAGCUUUAUCUUUGCCUAGUUUAGCCAUUCAAUAG